AUGGUUCAGGGGCCAGGACCUCCGGGAAACGACCACCGCCUGAGAAAGGCCAUCCUUGAGGAGCACUCCAUGAUCGUGAUCGCAGUGUGGCCGAGUAAGCGCCCACCGAAGUGCAGCAACUGCUUUUCUUGUACGACGCCGCUUGAGCUCUACAAUUACGAUGUCCGUAAUGUGACCUGGAGGGAGGAUGACUGUGGUCCUCCUGAUUACUACCGCAUGUACGCCGUUCCCGGGUUGAUAUCCUUCAUGAUAGCUACUCUCCUAGUCAACAUCGCCUACCGAAAGCGCUGGUACAUCUUGUACGCUCUUCUAUACCUAAAAUUAAGUAUUAAGGGGUACAGGAGGCAAAGAAACGGCGGCAACUUUUUAUUUGACGGAUUUCUGUCAUACCACGCCUCGGACGCCGACUGGGUUCGUGACGUACUCCUGCAAAAGCUCGAGUCACCACCGAUGCAGUUCCGGUUAUGCGUCGCCGAGCGGGACUUCAUUCCGGGCAUGGAAAUCACCGAGAACAUUUGCCGAGCUAUCACUCAGAGCCGCACGUCACUGUUCGUGAUAAGUCGCGAGUUCUACCGCAGCCGCUGGUGCAUGUUCGAGGUUAGCCUGGCGCAGCAUCGCCUUUUUGAAAGCGAUCGGCAAGAUGGCAUGGUGUUCAUCAAGAAGGACGAUGUGGACGAGUCUGAGUUGAGCACCUUGCUCCAGUACCUCAUAAAGUCGCGAACAUACAUCCAGAUACCCCCGGAUGGAUCAAACGAGACGCUCAACAACCUCUUCUGGCUACAGGUGCAAGCGGCGCUGGAGAAGUAAAUACAAAUAUUCUGAAUAAUUCUCAAUUGAACUGUGUUUCAGCGAAGCUUGUAGCCAGAAUUGCCAAACAAAUGUUGUCCAAUACGGCAUUACUGCAGCAUAGCAAGCGGAUGUCUCGGCUGUACUGCAUGGAACCCGAUUGGAAGCUCAAGCGAUUUCCCCGCGGCGACAGGUCAUAUGAAAGGAAGGAAGGAAGGAAGGAAGGAAGGAAGGAAGGAAGGAAGGAAGGAAGGAAGGAAGGAAGGAAGGAAGGAAGGAAGGAAGGAAGGAAGGAAGGAAGGAAGGAAGGAAGGAAGGAAGACAAAGAGGCUAGCCAGUUCCUAGACCAUCUCGCUGCACAGUGCUGGCGGAAGGGAUACGGGGCCAGCGGUGUCUGUCAAGACACCGCAAUAACUGCGCAAUGGUCAUGUAGUUUCUACAAUAUCUACCUCAGGACAUAGAGCUGUGUGGCGCCUUCAAGCAACAGAGCGAUUUCUGGCGCCUUCAAGAAAUAGUGUUGUGCCAUUGACCUGCUCCGUUAUUUUUUGUGUAACGAGUGUUGUGUUUCGGCUUCAUUUUAUUCCCUGAGCGCUCAAAUAACGAAGAAGGCACACCUGAUGUUGCAUUCAAUCGCCACCACAAUUUGUGAUCUUUCAUCGUCGUCUUCAACUACCCCACUUCAAGCACAAUAUGACACCAGCUUCUCAUUGAGGAGGUAUGCAAAGAAAACUGCUGAUAUUUAAGGAGGCAACUAAUAUUAUAAUAAGCGUGCUUCGACUUAACAUGCAGGGAAAUUAUCAUUGCCGAGUAUAAUUGUAUAAGCUCGUUUUCGAAAGUCAUUCUGUA